UGGCAGCGCCCGAGUCCAGGCUGGAUGUGGCUUUGCACAGCGGGCGGUGUCCCCGCACUGGGGCAGCUCAGAUGUGGCCAAUGGUGGAGCAGCGCUACGUGUGAUCCCAGCACUGCCCUCCUCCCGACGCCGCCUCUAAAAGCGCUGCUGAGCUGCACAGCGCUUCCAGCCCCGGCGCUGCUGUGCGGGACGAGAGCAGCAACAGCACGAGUGCAGCAGUCAGAGCUGGGACACAGCGCAGCGCUGCUUUGGCUCCCCGUGUGAGUGUGAGCGCUCUCCCGAUGGCAGGACGUCACAGCACAGGAUCCCAGCUGAGCAUCAUCCUGGUGGGCAAGACGGGGAGUGGGAAGAGUGCGACAGGGAACACCAUCCUUGGGACAAAGAAGUUUCACUCCACUGUGUCAGCAGAGUCGGUAACCAAAGAGCCCCAUAAAAGUGAAGGCCGUUUUGCUGGAAGAGCAAUUACUGUUGUUGACACUCCUGGCCUUUUUGACACUAAGGAAGUCAAUGAAAAAACAGCUGAAAAGAUUAAGAAUGCGUUUCAGGAUUUCUCUGCAGGUGUCCAUGCCAUCGUGCUUGUGAUGCAGCUGGGACGAAUCACACAGGAGGAGCAGGAAGUGGCUGAGUGGGUGACCAAGAUGUUUCAUGUGAAAGCAGAGAGAUACACAAUCCUGUUAUUCACCCGAGCAGAGGAGUUGGAGGAUCCAAAAGGUCUGAAGGGCUUCAUAGAACAGAGCCCAUACCUCAAGGGCCUGGCAGCCAAGUGUGGAAAUCGGUACAUUGGUUUCAACAACAAAGCCACUGGGGAGGAAAGGGAUCGGCAGGUUGCAGAGCUCAUCAGCAUGAUUGAUGCCAUGGCUCCCCGUGUGAGUGUGAGCGCUCUCCCGAUGGCAGGACGUCACAGCAAAGGGUCCGAGCUGAGGAUCCUGCUGGUGGGCAAGACGGGGAGUGGGAAGAGUGCGACAGGGAACACCAUCCUUGGGAGGGAGGAAUUUGAAUCUUAUCUGUCACCACAGUCAGUAACCCAAGAGUGCAAGGAAGUCAAAGGCUGCUCUGCUGGACGGUCACUGGUUGUUGUCGACACUCCUGGCUUUCAUGUCACUGUGGAAGACAACCUGAAAACAGCUGAGAAGAUUAAGAAAGCCUUUCAGUGCCUGUCCGGAGGGGUCCAUGCCAUCGUCCUGGUGAUGCAGCUGGGCCCAAACGCACUGGACGAGCAGAAAGAGGCUGAGUGGCUGUCCAAGAUGUCCCAUACUGAAGCACACAAGUACACAAUCCUGUUAUUCACCCGAGCAGAGGAGCUGAAGCAUCCCGAAGAUCUGAAGAGCUUCAUAGAAAGGAGCGGAUGCCUUACGGAGCUGGCAGCCAAGUGUGGAAAUCGGUACCUCGGUUUCAGCAACAGAGCCGCUGGGGAGGCGAGGGAUCGGCAGGUUGCAGAGCUCAUCAGCAUGAUUGAUGCCAUGGUAGAGCAGAAUCGUGAUGCUCCGUGUUACACGCGAGAAAUGCUGGAGAAGGCUCCCUCUAUGAGCGCUCUCCCGAUGGCAGGACGUCACAGCACAGGGUCCCAGCUGAGGAUCCUGCUGGUGGGCAAGACGGGGAGUGGCAAGAGUGCGACAGGGAACACCAUCCUUGGGAAGGAGGAAUUUGAAUCUUGUCUGUCACCACAGUCAGUAACCCAAGAGUGCAAGGAAGUCAAAUGCUGCUCUGCUGGACGGUCACUGGUUGUUGUCGACACUCCUGGCUUUCAUGUCACUGUGGAAGACAACCUGAAAACAGCUGAGAAGAUUAAGAAAGCCUUUCAGUGCCUGUCCGGAGGGGUCCAUGCCAUCGUCCUGGUGAUGCAGCUGGGCCAAAUGACACAGGAAGAGCAGAAAGAGGCUGAGUGGCUGUCCAAGAUGUCCCAUACUGAAGCACACAAGUACACAAUCCUGUUAUUCACCCGAGCAGAGGAGCUGAAGCAUCCCGAAGAUCUGAAGAGCUUCAUAGAAAGGAGCGGAUGCCUUACGGAGCUGGCAGCCAAGUGUGGAAAUCGGUACCUCGGUUUCAGCAACAGAGCCACUGGGGAGGCGAGGGAUCGGCAGGUUGCAGAGCUCAUCAGCAUGAUUGAUGCCAUGGUAGAGCAGAAUCGUGAUGCUCCGUGUUACACGCGAGAAAUGCUGGAGAAGGCUCCCCGUGUGAGUGUGAGCGCUCUCCCGAUGGCAGGACGUCACAGCACAGGGUCCCAGCUGAGGAUCCUGCUGGUGGGCAAGACGGGGAGUGGCAAGAGUGCGACAGGGAACACCAUCCUUGGGAAGGAGGAAUUUGAAUCUUGUCUGUCACCACAGUCAGUAACCCAAGAGUGCAAGGAAGUCAAAGGCUGCUCUGCUGGACGGUCACUGGUUGUUGUCGACACUCCUGGCUUUCAUGUCACUGUGGAAGACAACCUGAAAACAGCUGAGAAGAUUAAGAAAGCCUUUCAGUGCCUGUCCGGAGGGGUCCAUGCCAUCGUCCUGGUGAUGCAGCUGGGCCCAAACGCACUGGACGAGCAGAAAGAGGCUGAGUGGCUGUCCAAGAUGUCCCAUACUGAAGCACACAAGUACACAAUCCUGUUAUUCACCCGAGCAGAGGAGCUGAAGCAUCCCGAAGAUCUGAAGAGCUUCAUAGAAAGGAGCGGAUGCCUCAAGGAGCUGGCAGCCAAGUGUGGAAAUCGGUACCUCGGUUUCAGCAACAGAGCCGCUGGGGAGGCGAGGGAUCAGCAGGUUGCAGAGCUCAUCAGCAUGAUUGAUGCCAUGGUAGAGCAGAAUCGUGAUGCUCCGUGUUACACGCGAGAAAUGCUGGAGAAGGCUCCCUCUUUGAGCGCUCUCCCGAUGGCAGGACGUCACAGCACAGGGUCCGAGCUGAGGAUCCUGCUGGUGGGCAAGAUGGGGAGUGGCAAGAGUGCCACAGGGAACACCAUCCUUGGGAAGGAGGAAUUUGAAUCUUGUCUGUCACCACAGUCAGUAACCCAAGAGUGCAAGGAAGUCAAAGGCUGCUCUGCUGGACGGUCACUGGUUGUUGUCGACACUCCUGGCUUUCAUGUCACUGUGGAAGACAACCUGAAAACAGCUGAGAAGAUUAAGAAAGCCUUUCAGUGCCUGUCCGGAGGGGUCCAUGCCAUCGUCCUGGUGAUGCAGCUGGGCCAAAUGACACAGGAAGAGCAGAAAGAGGCUGAGUGGCUGUCCAAGAUGUCCCAUACUGAAGCACACAAGUACACAAUCCUGUUAUUCACCCGAGUAGAGGAGGUGAAGCAUCCCGAAGAUCUGAAGAGCUUCAUAGAAAGGAGCGGAUGCCUCACGGAGCUGGCAGCCAAGUGUGGAAAUCGGUACCUCGGUUUCAGCAACAGAGCCACUGGGGAGGCGAGGGAUCGGCAGGUUGCAGAGCUCAUCAGCAUGAUUGAUGCCAUGGUAGAGCAGAAUCGUGAUGCUCCGUGUUACACGCGAGAAAUGCUGGAGAAGGCUCCCUGUGUGAGUGUGAGCGCUCUCCCGAUGGCAGGACGUCACAGCACAGGGUCCGAGCUGAGGAUCCUGCUGGUAGGCAAGACGGGGAGUGGCAAGAGUGCGACAGGGAACACCAUCCUUGGGAAGGAGGAAUUUGAAUCUUGUCUGUCACCACAGUCAGUAACCCAAGAGUGCAAGGAAGUCAAAGGCUGCUCUGCUGGACGGUCACUGGUUGUUGUCGACACUCCUGGCUUUCAUGUCACUGUGGAAGACAACCUGAAAACAGCUGAGAAGAUUAAAAAAGCCUUUCAGUGCCUGUCCGGAGGGGUCCAUGCCAUCGUCCUGGUGAUGCAGCUGGGCCAAAUGACACAGGAAGAGCAGAAAGAGGCUGAGUGGCUGUCCAAGAUGUCCCAUACUGAAGCACACAAGUACACAAUCCUGUUAUUCACCCGAGUAGAGGAGCUGAAGCAUCCCAAAGAUCUGAAGAGCUUCAUAGAAAGGAGCGGAUGCCUCACGGAGCUGGCAGCCAAGUGUGGAAAUCGGUACCUCGGUUUCAGCAACAGAGCCACUGGGGAGGCGAGGGAUCGGCAGGUUGCAGAGCUCAUCAGCAUGAUUGAUGCCAUGGUAGAGCAGAAUCGUGAUGCUCCGUGUUACACGCGAGAAAUGCUGGAGAAGGCUUUCCGUGUGAGUGUGAUCGCUCUCCCGAUGGCAGGACAUCACAGCACAGGUCGGCGGCCGGAGCUGCGCGUUGUGCUGCUGGGGCGGAGCGGAGCGGGGCGCAGCGCCACCGGCAACACGUUGCUGGGCGAGGAGCGCUUCGAGUCCCGGCUGGCAUCCCAACCCGUCACCACCACGUGCAAAGACGGCAGGCGGGAUUGGGACAAGUGGUGCGUGGUGGUCAUGGACACCCCGGCGAUUUUCGGGGGCUCUCAGUGCGACAAGCAGCAUUUGGCCGAGGAGCGCCAGCGCUGCCUCAGAUUCGCUGCCAAUGAGCCCUGCGUGCUGCUGCUGGUGACACAGCUGGGCCGUUACACGCAGGAGGACCGCGAGGUGCAGGAGAGCGUGCAGAAGCUCUUUGGGAAGGGCGCUAAGCAGCGCAUGAUGGUGGUGUUCACAAGGAAGGAAGACCUGGGGGGCGGCUCGCUGGAUGAAUACGUGAAGACGGCCGAGAACGGAGCGCUGCGGGAGCUGGUGAAGGCGUGCGGGAAGCAGUGCUGUGCUGUGAGCAACAGAGCGCCGAGGCGGGACCGGGAUGUGCAGGCUGAUGAGGUGCUGCACAGGGCUGAGAGCAUCGCCCUCAGGCAGAGCGAGGAGCGAGGGGGGUGGUCUUGGUUGUGUUUGCCGUAAUUAAGAUCUAAUCAGCGUGACGAGACCCACGGGUCCAUGCCCAAAAAAGGGGAGGGGAAGGGAAGGAAGGUGGAUCCGGACAAGGGAAGCGGUGGCAAUGAGCUAAGGAAAGAAGGACUUAGUUUUCUAAUUGUAGGAGUGAAAUGUAAUUGGAAUUGAAGCUACUGAACAAACGAGAGUUUCCAAAACGCAAAGCUCUUGUGCCGAUGCUGCAGCAGCUGGGACACACAGGGAGCAAAGGAGAGCGCAGCUGUGAGCUUUGGGUUCUGCUGUCAUUGCCUCCCCCUGGAAGAUGGAAAUAACAAAAUAAAGCGUUGUGGGAGCGCCGUGCCUUUC